ACAGCAUAAAGCAAUGUAGGAAGCUAAAACAGACUACUCUCUACUUCAUCAGCAGGGGCUAGCUCAAAUGGUCUUUCACUUUCCCUUUUCGAAAUUUGCUUCAAGACAUGCUGCUACACGUCUCUCAAAGAUACUUGGAUGCGAGACACCAUCAUGAAGGCGGUGAAAAUGCUUGCAGCCCUUUCGUUUCUCCUCCUUACAUUACUGACCGGUGUGUCUCCCCAGACAGCCAGAAAGAUAUAUGUCAAAACAGGUGAACUGGUGGCGCUACAGUGCCCUCAUUACACAGGGAAUAAGCAUAAUGAUACCAAACUGAUCUGGACCAGUUACACCACCCAGGAGAGGGAUCUGACAGCGGAACAGAGGCCAGUGGGCAUUCUGGUUCAUGGGAGGAGCCUUGUGAUUCUCAGUGUUUCUGUUUUCCAUCAGGGGAAUUACUCAUGCUCUCUGGGGAAUGCCAGCAGAAAGUUCUGGUUCACUCUGACCGUGUACAAAACACAGACCAAAGAGUAUGAAGAGAAGACCAUGUACACUAGGACAUGUUACACACAAGAAUCCUGCAAAUUGCAGUGCCCUCGUGCAAAUAUCCCUGCUUGGAAUAUCCAGAAUAUUACCAGCAAAGGCAUUAUAUGGCACAAGGAGGGUAAGUCAUUCCCAACUGUUUAUUUUCCAAGUCUGGAGGAGAAGGACCGUGGUGCCUACACCUGUACCAGAUCUUACCUGUAUCAUGGUCAAACAUAUAACAUGACCUUUAUAGUAAAACUUCACGUCAAACCUAACGAAGAUUCUGACCAAGCUGCAAGGAUCAUUUCACCACUCAAGAGUGAAGUAAUUAGUGUGGAUUUGGGCUCAACAGUGGUGAUUGAUUGUAAAGCUGUUGUGUAUUCAGACUUUGCUGACGUGUUCUGGUUAAGUGGGAAGUCAUUUGUAAACUCAAACAACAACUCACGAGUCUUCUACAAUUCUUCACGGGAAUAUUAUAAUGAGGGGACAGAAAUUACAGCAUCACUAGUCUUCAAAAAAGUAUUAGAAGAGGAUCUGUUAAAGAAUUACACCUGUAAACUGGAAACUGACAACCAACGGCCAAGCUUUGUCACCGUCACCUUGGCCCAAAAAGCUUCUGCUUCGUCCCUGUCCCUGGCUCUCAGCAUCGUGGUCAGCGUUGUGGUGAUUUGUGUAAUAGUAGUUGUUUAUAUGAAGUUGAAGAUGGACAUUGCUCUUUUCCUGCGAGACACUAUUGGUUGCCGUCGCAGCACCUCAGAUGGAAAGACCUACGAUGCCUUUUUGAUGUGUUACAAGAGUGACGCAGAGGCAGGACUAAAUGAAGAUGACAGAAAAUGGCUUGAGAGUGUUUUGGAAGAGAGAUUUGGUUACAGUCUGUGUCUUUAUGAUCAUGUUGUCUUACCAGGAAAUGAUGAAGCGGAGGCAGUGUUAGAAUCCAUAGAGCAGAGCCGGACAGUGGUUUUGGUUCCCACCUCUUCAGAUCCUGGUCCAGGAUUUGGCCUGCUGAAAGACAUCCAUGCAGCCCUUGUGGAGCGGCAGACUCGCAUGGUUUUCAUCAAAACUGAGACAACAGAAGAGUCAAGAUCAGGUUCAUUACCAGAGGCCUUACAACUUCUAAGAGAGGCUGGAAACUGUGUCACCUGGAAGGGCAUAAGCUCCAUACCACCCUCCUCCUCCUUCUGGAAGCAGCUACGCUACCACCUAGCUGCCCCUCAGCAUGCACAAAAUUAAGCCUUUACCUCAGACAGCUAGCCAAGUUCUUGCAUAAUGCCGUAACCCGCACAAUGUUUUCUAUAUCAUACAGGGUGCUACACUUAAUUGGUUAGGGUUAUUUGACGUAAAACAGUCCUCUAGAGUGAGCCUUUAUAGUGUAACAGUAAUGGAUACUUUAAAUCUGGGGGCUCAUGAUAAUAUCGUAUGUAUCAUGUUUUUCUUCUGUGGAAUGUUAUUGUUGUGGAGGGGGUCUGACCUUCCUGUUUGGGUCUUUCCCUUUUAGGAGGGAAAGCAAGAAGUGUAUCACUAAUUAACGCCUGAUAUAGCCCACCAGGUAUAUAAGCUGAAGGAGUCUGUUUCCUUUUUCUUUUUUCUUUUCUUCUUUAUUUUGUUUUAAAUUGGUUUAAUGUAGCAGGGAUGGUGCACAUUGAUGAAACGUUUCCGUAAAUGUGCUAGAGUUAGUCAAGAUGCUAUUUGACGUCUGUUGUCCCUUGACAGAUUUUACGAACAGAAUAUAAGAUUAAAAUUACUAUGUAAUUUAAAGUUAAUCAAUUAUAAUCAUGCAACAAUAAUUAUUAUGUAAAAAUGUAUUUAUUAAAAAAUGUAUAUUUAUGUUAAUCAAAGCAUUAUUCUGGACACCUUAAUACUUCACGUACUAUUAAAAAAAAAAAAAAAAACAGAGGCUCACAACACAAGAGUACAUACAAAAACGAGUAUUGACAUGGACUAUGUAAGACAAUAUUGUGUGUAUUAUUAGACAGGAACAUGAAACAUGCAAAGCAGAAACUGAAGUUCUCCAGAACCAAGAGUGGACCAUGAAAGAUAUAACUGAAUUGUUAAAAAUGGACUUGUAACUUGUAAUUUCAAUUAAUAAAUAUUUUUUAUAUUAACAA